AAUUGAAAAAUAAAUUAAUUUUGAAGUCAGCUACGGAUUGGAUUCACCUUUGAUUUAUAUUUAUCAUAACGGAUUGCAUUCAAGGUUUACAUUUUAUUUUCAAGGAUAAUCCACAUUUCAUAAUAGAACAUAAAGAACAAUGGAGAUUUUGAAAAGAUACGAUCCACAGCAAGGGACCGCAAAGAAUGGAGAAGAUUAUCAGAAGUAGUGUGCAGAGCUGCAGAAGAAGAAACAACAUGAAACCUUCAUGUCGGGACUGCGUAACUGCAAUUAUAUAUAAAUAUUAUAUAUAAUCCACAUUUCAUUUUAUAUUUUCAAAUUAAAGAAAGAGAAGCUUUAGUGCAAUUAUUAAUUCGAUGCUAUAAUUUAUCAAUACAAAAGUUUUUACUUUUUUAAAUAGCUUGUUAAGAACAAAUGUGAUGAAGAGAAAGAACUGCUCGGAAUGAAAAUUGAGGACUACCUUGAGCGUGAACUUGUCCUUAAUGAAGAAGUGAAAUCACUGAAAGAAGAAAAUCGAAACUUAAGAGAAGAGAAGAUGGCGGAGUCGCUAAGCAGUCAAGCGAUAAUUGAAUCUUUGGAGGAGCUAGUUCAAGAGCAGAAAGAGGAUCAUGAAAUUAUGGUGCAGAAACUACAAAAUGAGUUGACCAUCUCCAGAGACCAAGAAGCAGCACAAAGUGGACAAAUUUGUGAAGUGAAGCAGCAAGCUUUGUCCGCCAAUGAAAAACUUUCGGAAAGCAAUGCAAAGAUUAACACAAUUGAAAAAGAAAAGGCUGAACUGGAAAUGAAAGCCAAAGAAGUCAAGGGGAAAGUAAUGAUGCUUGAGGAAGACGCUUCUAACAAUUUGGCAAAAUUGAAGGAACUGUCCAACGAAGUGGCAGAGUGGAGAACAAGAGCUGAAGAAUCUGGGGAUAGAUGUUUGUCACUAACGAAGAAGGUAAGCCACUUAAUAACACUCCAUUACAACGUAUGGCUACUUAAGCAAAGAUUGUCACAGUUGUUUUUGAAUUUGGCAAAACAAAUAAGUGGAAAUGUUUUGAGGCAAUACUUUUAUUUCUUAUGCCCCAAAAUAGAAAAUUGUUUCUUGCAUAUACACAAAUAUCAAACAAGGGAAAAAAGAUUUCUCGGGUUAGAUUUGAGUAAAGAAUACUCGAGAUAAGCGUUGGUUAAAGCAAGUUACAUAUGUGAUAUGAUGAGAAACCAAGAUAUGCCAGGAAAAACAUUAGGACAUGUUCCGUUGGCAAUCAAAUGUAUGUUCACCUUCAUUGGUACAAAUUCUAAAAGAAUUCAGCAGAUUACAUAAGAACAAGUAUCGAGUAUCGAUAUCGAUACACAUUUUAGAUUAAGUGCCAACUGCAACGCUCUGUCAUUGCC